AAAAAUAAAUUAAUUAAAGAAAUAGAAAAGAAGAAUUGUUGUUGUGGCAUUGAUAAAAUCUUUAAAAAAAAAGAUUGAAAAAUGAGAUUUUUAAAUUUGUUACUAUGGUUUCUUAGUUUGAGUUAUGCACAAUUUAUGCUAAAGUUGGUUAGUGGAGCAAGUAUGUCGCAAAUAGAGAAAGCUUUAGAAACCUCGUUUUUUAAGCUAUGGUUUUUUAAACAUAACUUUACAAAUUUUUCCAGUUUAAAAUUCGAUAUGGAACUAAGCUUAAGUAAUGAUGGCUCUGCCACCCAAGAAGGACUUGAAAGGAUAUUUUAUAAAAUGGUUCGCGGAAUCAACGUCACCAUGGUUGUCUUUGGCGGAUCAUGUUCAAGAGGUGCUGAGCUUGGUUGCUUAAGCUCGUUUUGCACAUACCAUUAUGCUCUUGGUGCUUGGUGGAACUCUGUAAUUGCCCCUAUAACUGGCAGUUUUUUAAAAAGAAAGGUUUUAGCUGUUGGGGGAACCGGAUCUACGUACUAUGGUCAUUGUUGGGAAGAAUAUAUUAUACCAAAUUAUGAAAUAGAUAUUGUUCUCUGGGAGUUUUGUAUAAAUGAUCCAGACAGUUACGAUUACGGUCGGGGUUUAGAAAAAUUAGUACGCUCUAUACUGUUGUAUAAAAGUAAACCUGCUUUAAUAUUUGUUCAGUUUUUUUCGAGUAGCAUACUUACAAUAGAUGGAGGAAACGUAUUGACGCCGACUUGGGAAUAUAAGUUGAGCACCAUAGCUACGCUUUCUCAGCAUUACAAAUUCACAACUAUUGAUCUUUUGAGUUCUGUUGCUAAUCGUGUGAAUGAUACUUCAAAUAAGCGUUUGUUUUUAUCAGAAAUGUUUAAUGGGGACCACCCAUCACAUCUUGCUCACGCUCAAACAGCUUUUAUUUUAUUAACCUAUGUACGUAAAAACUUUCUUUAUAACUUAAAAAAUAAAAUUAAAGGUGGCGUUCUAAAGCCAGCACAGUUAAACAACAAUUUCAUUAAAAAAAAAAUGUUUCCAAAAAAACUAACAACCGCUUUAGAUGUACCUAGUAUUUGCUGGACUGCUGUUUUGCCGGAUUUCAGGUUUAUAAUACGUCAUGAUCUUUAUAACCUUACAGUUCUACUUAACAGCGGUUUCAUUAAACAUAAAAGACACUUAUGGAAACAAGCAGAUGCUAUACGUCAUGACGUUCGUGGGGGAUAUUUUGCAUAUCAUUCUAACAGUACAUUAAGUUUAAAGUUUAACAUCGAAGGAAAAAUAGAAAGAAACAUUUACAUUGCCGUGUCUCACCAACAAAAUGGUGGUUUAACAGUGUUUACAAUCUCAAACUUAUCAGGAUUAAAUCAUAAUAAAGUUUUGAUUGACUGUUCGAGACAUUCUUUUAAAGCAAUGGAUGUUCAUCCACUAGGCAGAUUUCCAGCUGGAAAAACUACAAUUAACGUGUUUACAAUCACAGGUGGUUGUGAGUUAAACGCUAUUAUUAUUGAAUGAGGUUAUUGCUAAAGCUAUAAAGAAUUAGCCCUUGUAAUUGUAGCAUAACGUUUUCAAUUGUAGCAAAACGUUUUCAAUAUAAAAAAAAGUUGUCAACGUUUUUUACAGCUUUUCAACAUAUCUGUAACACAAUGCUAUCACGUGGCACAACUUGCAUCAAUAUUUGCAUCAUUUAAAAUUAAAGUUAAAAAACGUUUAUCAAUGUAAAUCGAAAAAAAAGGCAUAUAUAUUUAUACAUUGUUUUACUUUUAGACUCAACAAGACAAAGAAAAAGAUCUUUGUCGUUUCAAUAACAUCGAUAUUAGACUCAUCCGGUACUUUAGAGCUCAUCGGGCUCAUCCGGUACUUUUGUUAAUUGGUAUUGUUGAGAAUAGUAGAUAUUUUAUACAUUUAUAAAAAUCUAUAUUAAUUAUAGUGUGAUAGAAAAAGUAUAUGUGUUUUUAUGGAA